AUGCAGCUCCUUACUACGCUGUGCACGCUGCUCUCUCUCGCUGCCGCCGACAUCCUCGACGACCUCUUCCGUGAACACAACGCCCAGCGCAUCCAUCACAACCUCGCACCGUUCGCGUGUCUCGAUACGCAGCUCAAUGCGCUCACGGCCACCCAUGUCGCUGGCCAAAUCAUCGCCCACUCGCUCGAUCAUACCAAGCUUGCCGCGCGCUGCCACGCCAUUGGCCCGAACGCCGUCUGUGGUGAAAAUUCGGUGCGCGGCGCUGUCGCCAGCGCCAACGGCAUGGUCAUGCACUGGAUGAACUCGACCAAGCACCGCGCCAACAUUUUGAACCCGGAGUUCACCCGUGUCGGGUUCAGCGUUCAAAGAGCCAAUGCGUCCGGCGAGUGGGUCGCCACAACUCUCUUUGCAACCGGUCCUACCAACUGCAGUACGCAAACAAAGGGCGAUGGGACCAGCACCGGCCUUGCGACAACGUACGGUGGCGUCGAUGGCGUCGAUGUCAACAGCGGCAACUGCGGUCUCAUGGACUGGAUCGCGAAUGCCAAGACCUUCCAUGCAGCCAUCAACCAUGCGCAAUGGGCCUCCGGUACCAACUGCGGCCGGUGCGUGCAAGUGACGUGCGUCGACGACCGGUGUCCGUCCAAGACGCCAGUGCUCGGCCAGGUCUCGGACCAAUGCCACGGCUGCGCGGAUGGGAGCUUGGACCUGACAUUGCCGUUUUUCCAAAAAGUGACGGGCGCGACCACCGACUCGUUUGCGAUCGCGUGGCGCUUUGUCGACUGCCCUGUCUCUGGCAACCUUAAGGUCUGUGCCAAGGCGGGCAGUAACCCGUACUGGCUCGCGCUCCAGCCCGCCAAUGCGCGCCAUGGUGUGGCAAAAAUGAGCAUCAACGGCGCCGCCAGCGACCUCUUCUCGACGAGCUCCAACUAUUUUUUCAUGGCCAAAGGCCACAUUGACUUGAAUGUCGCCAAGGUCGAAAUGACGUCAAUCGCGGGGGAAACGAUCGCGGCGACAGUCUCGCUCACCGCCGGUCAGUGCACCGAGCUGCCGCACCAGUUUCAAGCAUCCUACAACCGCGCCUAG